UCGUGCGCAUGUUCCAAUUCUGUGUUGUGUUUUUUCGUGUUGAUAAAAGAUAAAAAAUAUUUUGAGUGAUUUAAUUCUUUUAGGAGUUUAAUCAUUUCAAUUGAUAAACUUCCGAGUUUUAUUUUAUUAGUGUGAUAGAUUUAGAAGCGUUUUUAUUUGGAGGAAUUUUAUAAUAUAACCUAAAAAUGGCUUCAACUUUGUUUUUUGGUGGCGAGUCUCAGUCGAUUACAAAUUUAGACGCGAAAAAAAUUCGACAAAAUGUGCAAGCUAUUAUCGUAAAUGAUUUUUCAUUACAGACUGGGAUUCUUUAUAAAAACAAGGAAGUUUUGGAAAACCCCAUUUAUUGGCAUAAGUUUAUUGUGAAUAACGCUGAAGAUUUUAGUAGAGACCUGAUCUUGAAAACAAUUCUAGAUCAUGUGCAACCAUUAGACUUAAUUCCAGUUUUCUUCUUAAAAGAAGGCAGUUCUGCUUCUUUUCUUGCAAGGAAUUGUGGAGCAGCAAUAGAAAAAAUCUGCAAAGAUAAUUUGAUCAUUGAUAAUCCUUAUGUGAAAAAUCAGCCAUUUAAGCUCAGUAUUAUAUUAAGGUAUUCAACAACAAACGAUGUGAAAAUUGAUGUUUCCAAAAAUAUUUCAAAAGUGUUAAGAAAAAGAACAAACACAGCCACUUCCACCAUAAAUCUUGAGAAUUUCUAUCAAGACUCUGAUUUAUCAGAGUUCUGUAUUUUAUCUCAACCCAAAUUGAUGUCUUAUGUGUUGCAUUUAUCAAGAUUAUCAAAACCCAAAUCUAUUAUCCUAAGUAAUAAUGAAAUUAGAAGCUUGGUUCCAAUUGAAGCUUUAUGGGGAAUUAAUGUGACAAGUUUAGAUUUGAGAAACAAUCUAAUAAUGAGCUUGACUGAACUUGAACCUUUAACACAACUCAAAAUUACUGAGCUUUGGUUGGAAGGUAAUCCUUUAUGUGAUAAUUAUGACGAACAUACUUACAUCCAACGGGUUAAGGAGUAUUGUCCAAAAAUUGAAAGACUUGAUGGUGUUUUAUUGAAGCACAACGGCUUUCCUUCAUUUAGAAGAAACUUUUUGUGUAACAGCUCUGGUCAUGAUUUAGUUGAUCAAUUUCUAGAAUAUUACUUCACUUCUUAUGACUCUUCAAACAGAGCUAUGCUUAAAAAUUUAUAUCACAAAGGUGCUCUUUUCUCGUUAACUGCGGAUUAUCACCCUAUGCAGUUAUCUUCACCUUCAGCACAGUUAAAACGCUACAAGACGUAUUCCAGAAAUGUUCUAUCUUUAGCAGACUUAUCUCGGAGUGAUUUAAAUUUACAACAAGGAAGUAAAGCUAUUAUAGAUUUGUUGAAUUUGUUGCCACCAUCAGAACACGAUCCAUAUUCUUUUACAGUUGAUUUAAUACAUUAUUCGGACGUUUGUGCCAUUGUGGUUGUCACUGGUGUCUUUAAAGAACUACCAGAGUCAAUUUUAGACGCGGAAAGGUUUAUGGGUUUUAAUCGGUGCUUUGCACUUGAAUCCAUAAAUGGAGAAUAUUGUAUUAUCAAUGAACAAAUGCAUGUGUUCAAUGCAUUGACAUCACAGCAAGUAAAAGCAUUUAAACAUGAGAGGCCCAUCAGACCACAAAUGCUUCCACCUGCCCAAACUCCGAAACAAAAAAGUCAGAUUAUUACAGCAAUGAAACUGAUUACUAAUUUGACCACUGAGUGGGCUAAAAAGUGUUUGGAAGAAUGCCAUUAUGAUUUGAAAAACGCACUUGCUCUUUUUGUAGAUCUGUAUAAGGUGGAUAAAAUUCCCGCCGACGGAUUCCAAAAUUGAGCAAUUAUGUUUUAAUUUAUGUGAAUGUGUAUAACUGUUCUCAACGAAAAUAUUUGAGAUAAAGGGCUUUCAAUCUAAAA